AUGGAGGUUUUGGAAGAUAAAUGGAAGAAACUAAGGCUACUGGAAGAGGAGGUCUCUGAUAUUAUAAUAGAAGAUAAUGUCUCUGAGGAAUUGAGGUACAAGGAGCAAAGAAGCUUAGUGGGAAGAAUGGUUUCGUCCAGAACCAUUAGCAGGGAGGCAUUGGAGGCAACAAUGGCGAAGAUAUGGAGAAUCAACAAGGCAGCUAAGUUCAUGAAGGUUAGUAUGAACAUCUUUGUCCUAGUUUUUGAAAACCAAGAGGAUAAGCUAAGAGUUUGGGCAGGAAGGCCCUGGCUCUUUGAUAACAAUAUGUUAGCAUUGAGGGAGUUUGAGGCUCAUAUUCCUCUGCAUCGCAUAAGUUUUGACCAUGAAAGCUUCUGGAUCAGAAUGCAUAACCUGCCUUUAUCAUGCAUGACAAAAGAAAGAGGAGUACAGAUUGGUAGUACUGUUGGUAAGGUUGAGGAAGUGGAUGUUCAGGAUGAUGGUUAUGGAUGGGGGAGUUAUCUGAGGGUUCGGGUUUAUAUGAACUUGACUCAGCCUUUGGCAAGAGAUCGUACUCUGGAGGUAAAGGGAGAGAGUGUCUGGGUCCCUUUUAGCUAUGAGAAAAUGCCACGCAUCUGUUUUUCCUGUGGAUGCAUUGUUCACUGGACAAAUGGAUGUUGUAGCGUAUUGGAAGAUUCAGAAAACAAGGAAGUGCAAUAUGGUGCAUGGCUGAGGGCUACUCAGUUUCAAAGGGUUAAGAAUUCUAGUAAUUUUUUCAGAAGGGAAGAGGGGGGUUAA